CAAAACCACAACCUCAACCGGGAAAACAUGGGAAGUUCAUCACUGCUGAGAUCUUGCCGUAUUCAAGAACUAAGCUGUCAGGAUAAAAACCGCAUGCCAUAUCCCACUGAUAAAACUACUGUUACAUAACCUUUCACACCAACAUUCUUCUUUGAAUCCAACAAUGGAUUCAAAUGGAUUAUGGAAGAUUCAAGCUGAAGUUAUGGGCCACCGCCAAAGAACAAAAAUGUUUUUUUUUCACCAGAUACCUUACAUUUACUUCACAUAUUUCCCAGGGAGAAACAAUGGAUGAAAAUGUAAUAGCUUAGCCAGUGUGCGUGAUAGGAAUGGUAAAGGUAAUUCUUUUCCUAUGAAGUAAAGGACUGGUGAUCCAGGGAUGAAAUAGCACCCUGCUGUGUAUGAGAUGCAGGUGCUUUGAAGGCUGAGCACAUCUGUUUAACAUCUAAUUGACCAUCUGAAGAAAAGCAUUUUGACUGACUUGACUUACUGUGUUAAGAUGGACAGCUGCAGUAUUAUGUAGUAACAUCAUGUCCUGAACCACAUUCCUGCAUGCACACAAACGUGCCAACCAGGGUUUAGCAUAACCAACAGGUGGACAUAAAGGUGCCUGGCGUUCCCAGAAGAGAAAAGAAGGGGAGGGACGGAUCUGUAUCCGGUACAAAUGUUGUCUGACCAACACCAUACAGGACGUCCUGUACCACAGACCAGGCUGGGUAGAGGUGAAAGAAGAUGGCGAAUGGGACUUUAAUUGGUGUGAUGUGGGCUGGAUGAGAGAUAACUUUGAUCACUUUUACAUGGAGGAACAUGUGCGAAUAUGUCACUUCCGCAACCACUAUGAGUUGACCCGUAAAAACCUGAUGGUGAAGAACUUGAAGAGGUAUCGGAAAGCUCUGGAGCGGGAUUUAGGCCAACAAGAGGCUAGCAAAUGUGAAUUUUUUCCCCAAACAUUUGAGCUGCCCAAUGAAUAUCACAUCUUUGUAGAAGAGUUUAAGAGAAGUAUAGGGACCACAUGGAUCAUGAAGCCGGUGGCACGAUCACAAGGGAAAGGCAUUUUUCUCUUUCGAAAACUCAAAGAUAUCAUAGAUUGGAGGAAGGAUGGUACUCGCUCUGAAGAACAAAAAGAUGAAGUUCAAGUUGAAAACUAUGUUGCUCAGCGUUACAUUGAGAACCCGUACCUCAUUGCUGGUAGAAAAUUUGACCUGAGAGUCUAUGUUCUUGUAACAUCAUAUAUUCCUCUGAAGGCCUGGCUUUAUCGAGAUGGUUUUGCUCGAUUUUCCAACACAAGGUUCUCCCUCAACAGCAUCGAUGAUCAGUAUGUACAUCUCACCAAUGUUGCUGUGCAAAAAACAGCUCCUGCUUAUGACCCUGAGAAGGGUUGUAAAUGGCAGAUGCAACAGCUGCGACUAUACCUGACGGCUAAACAUGGUUUUGAUACAGUGCAGUCCCUGUUUAAAGAAAUCGACAACAUAUUUAUUCACAGUCUGCUAAGCGUUCAGAAGACCAUCAUUAAUGACAAACAUUGUUUUGAGUUGUACGGAUAUGACAUACUACUGGACGAGAAUCUAAAGCCGUGGCUGAUUGAGGUAAACGCCUCCCCCUCCCUCUCAGCCAGCAGUCAGGAGGACUAUGACAUGAAAUACAGACUGCUGGAAGACACCCUGGACAUUGUAGACAUGGAGGGCCGUCUGACAGGCAAGGAGAAGCGAGUCGGAGGAUAUGACCUAAUGUGGAACGAUGGACCUGUCUACAUGGAUGAUGAUGGCCUGGAGGCUCUGGGCGGCUCUUGCCUCAUAGCAAACACACACCUCGGCUGUGUGAAUGACCGACAGAAGCAACUUCAACAACUUUUAAAGCCUUUCCCAGGACUGAAAAAACCUUAAACACAUAUGAGUGACUUUACAGCAGCAAGACAGACUACUUGUGACAACUCCAAAGAUUCCCUCAAGAGUUCAAUCAAAUAUGCACCUACGUAUCCGCUUGUUACUGUAAGACUGACGUCAUGCAGUGUUUCCAGGUCCAACUGAUCUUAAAACAGUGAAAAAACAAUAAAAUCAUGAUUACAUACACUCGUAUCAUAUUAUGCAAAACUACCAAAAAUACUCAAUCCUAAUUUUUAUUUCCAUAACAAGAUCCGAGAUGACCAGACAUGAACAAGGUUUUUUUACGAGUUAUUGUUAUAUUGCUUUUGGCGAUUACAUGAGCCUGGAGACUGCUGUGUACACUUUGAUUUUAUACAUUUUUUUUUUUUGCUUAAUUGUGUAAUAUGAAUAAAUAGUGCUCAUAAACAAGUGCUCAUAUUGAAAUGACAAAUGAGUGGAGGCUUGGACCCAGUAUACAACCUGAUGUAUAAGUUUUCCAUUGAUGUAAGGUUUCUUAGGAUAGGAAGAUAUUGUGUUUAACUUUGUGGAUAACUUUUGGAUGAGAUUAAAUGACUAUUAAUAUCUGCAUAGACAUAAAUACUGUAGUGUAGACAGAUACUGAUGAUGUAAUGGAAACUGUUUAUUUGUAUCUCAUAAAAAUAGCUGCAUUAAACUUAUACCAAAAUAAAAGCACAAUCUGACAAAGACCAAA